AUGGCGGGAGCAGUAGCAGGAGGAUUAUUUAACGCAUUUGCAUUUGCUGGAGCAGGAUACUUAUUUAAAAUGUUUGACAAGAACGGAUAUGCUGAGGAGGCUCACAGACAUAACAUUGCUAUGGAGAACCUAACAUCUGAAAGAGAGAAGUACCUUGAGGAAGUCACCAACAGGAGAAAUAGAAUUGCGCAACUUAAGUCAGAACUAGCUGAGGCAAGUAGGAAUAUUAAUGCAACAAAUAAGUCACUGGAACUCGUUAGAAGAAUCAAUGAGUUAACACAUACAGCUAUACCUAGAAAGCCGCAAUUGAGUAAUCACUACAAACCUAGCUCAGAGAUGGAAGAGUAUAUGGCAAUAUUUGGUUUAAUUAUGGGUGGGGUG